AAGGAAUGAAUAGCUGGAGGGACUGACGGGUGAGCGAGCAGCGCGAGCAGAGCUGCAUGAGCGACGCGCGCGCUCCAACGCCAACACGCACACCUUUAACACUGCCCGUGAACUGAAGAGGAGGAGGAGGGCGCGAGCUCCGGACAAGCAGCUGUGGCGCGCGCGCGGAGGUUCUCAGGAACAACAACAACAAAAAAAAACAACAACAGCAACAACAACAACAACAAAAAAUAACAUUUAAAAUCUGUGGAAUUCUACUGAGACCGUUGACCAACCGUCGUUUUUUUUUUUUUUAAAGGGCUCUUGCCCCACACUAGCUGAGAGGAUGCAGGCGAGGGGGAUCAGGGAAUUAAGUCCAAUUCUUCUCUUGGCAUUAACAUCACUGUUGACCAAACCAACACAUGGACAAGUGCCUGCUCCUAGAAGAUUGCGUUUUAAGGAGCUAGGCUCAGGCAUGCUCAGUGUGUCCUGGAAGGAACCGAAAGGAGAGUUUGACAGCUACAGAUUCAUCUACAGCUCUGGCUCGGCUGCAGGAGAACCAGAGAGAGACGUGCAGGUGUCGAAGGAAGAAGCCAAAGCUGUGAUCACAGACUUUGAUAAGAGUAAAGAGUACAGCUUUAAAGUCUUCACCAUCAGUGGCAGUCGGUUGAGUAAACCACUCCGGGGGACAUAUAAAGCUUCAAGGUCAGAGGUGAGUGAGAGCAAGCCACUGACUCACAGUGCAAGCCAGACCAGCGAGCCUCAGCAGGGAAACGAGAUCUUCGAAGAGAAUUCAUUCACGUGUAAAACUCCAGCGAUAGCGGAUAUCGUGAUUCUAGUAGAUGGCUCUUGGAGUAUAGGGCGCUUUAAUUUCCGUCUGGUGCGCACGUUCCUCGAGAGUCUGGUGUCAGCGUUCUCCAUCAGCUCGGACCAGACACGUAUCGGAUUGGCUCAGUACAGUGGUGAUCCAAGGAUUGAGUGGCACCUCAACACACACUCCACAAAAGAAGAGGUCAUCAACGCUGUGAAGAAUUUGCCAUAUAAGGGAGGAAACACACUAACAGGUCUAGCCCUAAUGUACAUUCUUGAGAACAGCUUUAAGCCUGAGUCUGGAUCCAGGACAAAUGUUCCAAAAAUCGGAAUCCUGAUCACGGAUGGGAAAUCUCAGGACGAUGUCAUCAGCCCCGCCCAAAAUCUCAGGAAUGCAGGAAUAGAGCUGUUUGCCGUUGGUGUUAAAAACGCUGAUGAAAAUGAGCUGAGGAUGAUCGCGUCUCCCCCAGAAGAGACCCACGUGUAUAACGUGGCUGACUUUAACGUGAUGAGCUCGAUAGUGGAGGGUUUGACCAGGAUCGUGUGUCAGCGUGUGGAGCAUCUCAACAAUGAGAACCAAGGUGAAACCGUCUCUCCGAUUCCUGACGCACCCAGUGACCUCGUGACCUCUGAGGUCACAGCGAGGAGUUUCCGUGUCACCUGGGCCCAUGCUCCGGGAACAGUGGAGAAAUAUAGAGUGGUGUACUACGCCUCCAGAGGAGGCAAGCCGGAGGAGGUGGUGGUGAACGGUGAUCAGAACUCGGUGGUCCUCCAGCAUCUGAACUCUGUGACGGAGUACCAAGUGGCCGUGUUCGCUGUCUACAGUAACUCUGCCAGUGAAGGUCUGAGAGGCAGUGAAACCACAUUGGCCUUGCCCAUGGUGAAUAACCUGGAUCUGUAUGACAUCACACACAAUAGCAUGCGGGUGCAGUGGGUUGCUGCAGAAGGGGCUUCUGGAUACAUGAUCCUGUACGCCCCACUGAGUGAGACAGGCUCAUCAGAUGAGAAGGAGGUUAAAGUAGCAGACAGUGUAACUGAGAUCGAGCUGGAUGGUAUGACUCCUGCAACCGAGUACACAGUCACGGUCUACGCCAUGUACGGUGAUGAAGCCAGCGACCCUCAGACUGGCCAGGAGACCACACUUCCCCUCAGUCCUGCACGAGAUCUGCGUAUCACUGAUGUGACUCACAAUUCUGCUAAGCUCAGCUGGGAGGCCGCGUCUCGUAAAGUCAAAGGCUACCGCAUCAUGUAUGUGAAGACUGACGGAGUUCAGACCAACGAGGUUGAAGUGGGUCGAGUUACCACGAAGUUGCUUAGUGACCUGACGUCUUUGACAGAGUACACCGUGGCCAUCUACGCCAUCUACGAUGAGGGACAAGCCGAUUCCCUCACAGACAGCUUCACAACUAAGUCAGUUCCUGUCCCGGUGAGAGUGAGUAGCAGUGAGGUGACCACAGACAGUUUCAGAGUGAGCUGGAAGCAUGCAGCAUCUGACAUUUCCCUCUACAGGCUCUCCUGGACGCCAGCCAACGGAGGAGAGACCAGAGAGAUGGUGAUUGGUGGUAAUCUGAAUUCCUAUGUGAUUACGGGUCUGAGGCCGCUAACUGAGUAUGAGGUCAUGCUCACAGCCAUCUACAAAGACAAAACUGAGAGUGAGAAAGUUGUGCUCAUUGAAACUACAGUUGCUAGAUCAACAACAGUGGCAACUACGACCACUACUACAGCAGCGGUUAGGCUGGGCGUGCGAGGUCUGCAGCUGAGUGAUUUUACGACGUUCAGCAUGGGCGCAUCUUGGGAACUGCAAGGAUCAAACGUGUAUCAAUAUAGAGUGUCCUACAUUUCAACACGUGGAGACAGAGCUGAACAAGUGAUGAUGGUUCCCGGCAGUCAGAACGCGGUGGUGCUGCAGCCGUUGCUGUCGGAUACCGAAUACAGAGUGAGCGUGUCAGCCAUCUAUGCAGACGGAGAAGGGCCUGCCGUUACACGCUCUGCUCGCACGUUGCCUCUCAUCGCCCCUAAGAACCUGAAAGUGUCGGAGGAAUGGUACAAUCGCUUCCGCAUCACCUGGGACACACCCCCUUCUCCCACCAUGGGAUACAGGGUCAUCUACCAGCCUGUCUCAGCACCCGGCCGUGCUCUGGAGACGUUCGUCGGCGACGAUGUAAACACCAUGCUGAUCUUAAACUUGAUGAGUGGGACGGAGUACAGCGUUAAGGUCAUUGCCACGUACACCACAGGCUCCAGCGAGCCUCUCGCUGGCAGAGCCAAAACACUGUUCCUGGGUGUGACUAAUCUGAACACCUAUCAGGUACGACUGAACAGCAUGUGUGCUCAGUGGCAGCCUCAUUCUCAUGCCACCCAGUACCGCGUGUCCGUCGAGUCCCUGCUCAAUGGCCAGAAGCAGGAAGUGAGGUUGGACGGCUCCGAAGCCAGGCAUUGCUUUAACGACCUGAAUCCGAACACACAGUACAAAAUCAGUGUUUACGCUCUGCUACAGGAGGCAGAGGGCCCUGCUGUCACCACCGUCCAGAAAACACUCCCGGUGCCCACAAGUCCUCCCACCAGGCCUCCCAUCACCACACCGCUCCCCACUAUCCCUGUCGCGAAGGAAGUUUGCAAAGCUGCGAAGGCAGAUCUGGCGUUUUUGGUUGACGGCUCAUGGAGCAUCGGCGAUGACAACUUCCUGAAGAUCAUCCGCUUCCUGUACAGCACAGCCGGAGCGCUGGAUGAGAUCGGACCUGGAGGCACACAGGUGGCCAUAGCCCAGUUCAGUGACGAUGCUCGUACCGAGUUUAAGCUCAACUCAUAUGUGAACAAGGAGAGUCUUCUGGAGGCCAUUCAGAGGAUUUCAUAUAAAGGAGGCAACACUAAGACAGGAAGAGCUAUGCAGCAUGUGAAGGAUGCAGUCUUCACCAGAGCUGGAGGAACCAGGAGGGGCGUGCCCAAAGUGCUAGUAGUGUUGACAGACGGUCGUUCCCAAGACGACGUCAAUAAAAUAUCCCAGGAGAUACAGAUGGAAGGAUACAUCGUGUUUGCGAUCGGUUUUGCCGACGCCGACUACGGAGAGCUGGUAAGCAUCGCCAGCAAACCCAGCGAGAGGCACGUGUUCUUCGUGGACGACCUUGACGCCUUCCAAAAAAUCGAAGAGAAACUCAUCACGUUUGUCUGCGAGGCCGCAUCAGCGACGUGUCCUUCUGUAGCGAUGAGCGGCAGCACACUACCAGGCUUUAAAAUGAUGGAGAUGUUUGGGUUGGUGGAGCAUCUGUACAGCAAUGUGGCAGGCGUUUCCAUGGAGCCAGGAACCUUUAACAGCUUUAGUAGUUACAGACUUGCCAGCGAUGUCCUGCUGGCACAACCCACCAGGUUCAUCCACCCUGAGGGUCUGCCGUCUGAUUACACCAUCGCCGUGGUGUUCCGCCUGCUGCCUCAAACCCCCGAGGAACCCUUUGCAUUAUGGGAAAUUCUCAACAGCAGAAAUGAACCCUUAGUGGGCAUCAUCCUAGACAACGCAGGAAAGACGCUGACAUUCUUCAAUAACGACUACAAGGGUGAUUUUCAGACCGUGACAUUCGAGGGCCCCGAGAUUAAGAAACUCUUCUAUGGCAGUUUCCACAAGUUGCAUAUAGCGGUGAGUAUGACACUGGCGCAGGUGAUAGUGGACUGUAAGCUGGCUGGAGAGAAGUCCAUUAAUGCUGCUGGCAACAUCACCAUUGAUGGCAUGGAGGUUCUGGGCAGAAUGGUCCGAUCCCGAGGAGACAGAGACAACUCUGCACCGUUUCAGCUCCAGUCGUUUGAUAUUGUCUGUAGUACAUCAUGGGCUCGUAGAGACAAGUGCUGCGAUCUUCCCAGUCUGAGGAAGGAGGCGGAUUGUCCAGCACUGCCUCGAGCCUGUACAUGCACUCAGGACAGUAAAGGCCCUCCUGGUCCACCCGGUCCACCGGGAGGUCCUGGUAUUAGAGGGGCAAGAGGAGAUCGAGGAGAACCCGGCCCUGUGGGGCCAGUGGGUCCCAGUGGAGAAUCAGGGAUACCAGGUCCUCAGGGCCCACCCGGCCCCCAGGGGCUCAGCGGGCGAUCCAUCAGAGGCCCUCCGGGUGGUCCAGGUGAGAGAGGCGAAAAAGGUGAAGCAGGACCUCGAGGUACUCAGGGCGUCCCAGGAAACCCAGGAUCCCCGGGGCGGGACGGCCCUCCCGGACCCAGAGGUUUGCCAGGUAAUGACGGACCACAGGGAAGAGCAGGGCCUCCAGGAAAUAUUGGAGGACCAGGAGCUCCCGGGGCACCGGGUCAGAAUGGCCCUCCAGGACCCACCGGAGAACAGGGACCCCCAGGCCUUGCAGGUUCACAAGGAGAGAAGGGAGAACGAGGGGAUGCGCAGUCCACUUCAUCAGUUCAAGCCAUUGCCAGACAAGUGUGUGAGCAGCUCAUACAGACUCACAUGGCUCGUUAUAACUCCAUCCUGAAUCAUAUCCCGAGGCAGCAGGCAGUCUCAGUCCGCACUGUUCCCGGGCCUCCAGGUGAGCCUGGUCGGCCCGGUCCUCAAGGACAGCAAGGAGAGCAGGGUCAGCCUGGACGUCCCGGAUUUCCAGGAACUAACGGAGAGAACGGCCAGCCUGGAGACAGAGGUCUUCCAGGUGAGAAAGGAGAGAAGGGAAGCCCAGGUGCUGGUGUCCAGGGUCCCAGAGGGCCUUCAGGACCUCCAGGACCACCUGGUGAGGGAAGAAGUGGCAGCCCUGGACCAGCUGGUCGUCCUGGUAACCCUGGUGGUCCCGGCAGACCGGGUAUUCCCGGAUCAGUAGGACCGGCCGGACCUCCGGGAUACUGCGAUCCGAACUCCUGCGGAUACAAUGUAGCAGCCCCAAUGCAGCCCAACCCCUACCAAACAUACGGUCCCGAUGAGGGGGGAGAGGAGGAGGAUCCAUACCGCAGCUACGGCACGCAUCACUCCUACUACCAGCCCAGCUACCCCGAGCCACGCCCUGUCGAGCCUGAGGAAACAGUCGUCGAGGACAUAGAGGAAGAGCUGCGAUCACCAGGCAUCCAGCGUCUCACGCGCAGCACUGAAGAGCACGAGCAGAACAGAGAGACGAGGACGAGCGCUCACUUCUGACACACUUCUGUCAACAACAGUCGAGUUUUAAAACCUGGCGACACGAAAUGACAUCACAUUUAACAGUUUUAUACAAACAACUAGGGCUGUCGAAACCAAUUACUCAAACACUAAUAAUUCAAACACUUUCAGAACAUCCAUCCACGUAAGUCUGUCGGAACGUUUUGGUCUUGGGUCAUUUAUGUCAUUUAUGGCAUACCUUAUUUAAUUUGAAAUAUAUAUAUAUAUAUAUUUUUUUUUUUUUCUCUCUCAACAUAUUUUCAAGUCAUUUGUUUUUCAAAUUAAACAUUAAAAUGAGCAAACUAUUUCCCCUACAUGGAGGUAGUUAAUAAUUUCCAGCAGACGUUUUGCGGUCACAGACCCCGCCCUUAACUAAAUGACACGGAGUGAGAAACUGUAAAACAUGACGAGACUCUAACUCUAGAUGGAGUUUCUGUUUCGCGCUAGACAGCCGGGCCUCUGACUAAAGACUCUCGGGUAGGAGGUGUCGAAUAGGAGAAGAUUAUCAUAGAAGAUAAGAUCGUUAUCAGAGAAAAAGCCUCGGGACCUUACAGGAAGUUAGGUACGAAGAAGGUUAAGCGUCAGGCGUGGUCUUUCCCCCAAACUCCUUUACCGUUACUAUUUUUCUGUGGCUGAAUCUCGAAUUGCGCUCCAUUAUGUUACACCCUGUGCAGUGAGUGUAUAUAGUGUAUUAUAUAAUGUUGCCUUCUUGGACAGAGCAAACGGCAUAUGUAUGGCAGGGUAUGAGGUCGCACACAAUCUUAUAUACAUCCAUAUUCUGUAAAUGCCAUUUCUGACCCGUAUGUCCUCACUGAAAUUAGCACAAUCACACACACACACACACACACACACACACACAUAUAUAUAUAUAUAUAUAUAUAUAUAUGUAUAUAAAUGACAUCCAUCCAUUUUCUGUAACCGCUUACCCUACAGAGAGUUGCGGGGAGCAUGGAGUCUAUCCCUGGGGACUUGGGGCACAAGUCAGGGGACACUGUGGACACACAGGGCCCAAUCGCACACACUCACACACCCAUUCUUACACUACGGACAAUCUGGAAAUGCCAAUCAGCCCACGGCGCAUGUCUUUGGACUGGAGGAGGAAACCGGAAUACCCGGACGAAACCCCCCCCCCGGAAACCCCCCCCCGCGAAUUAAUUAGACAUAGAUAGGUCAUAUAUGAUCAGAUUUGAUUCACUUGACACAUUUCAGACACAUUUCUGGCUACAUUGUUCUGACCAGUCCAGCAGCAGAUCUCCAAUAUAUUUUCAAAACCCACUGAAUGAACGUAACAUCGACGUAAAUAUUAUCGAGUACAGUUUUUAAAAAAAGAAAAACUUUUCAUAAGCUAAAAUGAAUUUUCGGAAAAGCUUCUUGACAGCCCUAGUGACGACUGUUACAUGUGAUGUGAUGCUGUGGUGAGGUUCUCCGUAAUAGAUUAUGCACUGUAUCACAAUGCUCAUUCACGCAGGUAGCAACUGUAGAGUUUUAACUACAGCCUUUAUUAUAGAUUUAUUUUUGAUCGUUUUUUACUGGGCACACACUUUUAUCCAGAGCUUUGAAGUGAGGCACAAUACAAUCAAAACUCAGAGCGGAGCAGCUGAAGGUUAAGUGGCUCUCUGGUAGUCCAGGGACCGACCAUAAGCACCGAGCCACCACCGCGUGGGUAAGAUUCCAAAUUCUACGAGUAUUAUACGAUUUGAAAGGGCGGAUUUGAAAGAUUUGGUGGACUGAGAGACAAGUGCACGCAGGGCAGCGAGGUCUGCUGUGUGAAACUCCUCAAGUGCCUGAUAUAAUACACAGCGGAGAUUCUCUUUUUCCUCGCCAUCUUGCUCUGUCUCCGGCUCGCUUUCAGCAGUCAGAAAGUGUGCUGCUGUUCGGUCAGAUACUGUACGCCGCCAGUCAAGAAUAUUCCAACAUGCUGUCAGUUCUAAUAAAAUGAGUAAAGAAUAAAACACUUGGCGGUCUGCGGUUGUAAUAAAAUAAUCAGUGACUGGGUGGUGUGAAGGUGCGAGGCCCGAUGUGGAGCAGAGUUACACUGACCAUCGAGGUUGUUUAUUUUCUAAUAACAGCAUCCGAAUGUGUUUUAUUCCAUUCAUACCACAGCCGUUUGCCAGUGAUUACAUUUUUUUUUAAAUCACAGAAUGACACAUCAAACUUCAUAUCCAUUUAUAGGUUUAAUAUUGUGGAAAAUGUGCAAAACGGGUUAAUUCCUGUUAGCACUUACGUUGUAGCCGCGGUAAACAUUCAUCUCCUCAUGAGGCUCUUUUUUUUUUUUUUUUUUUUUUUUUU